AUGGGCCAGGCGGGCAGCGCAAGCGCGGAGCUGCUGACGCUGGGGGGCUGCCUCGAGAAGCUGGGCGAUGACGAGCUGCUUCGGGCUGCCUUCGCUUUCCUGCACUCGCGGCCGAGCUUGCUGGAGCGUGCCCGGGCGCGGUUCUCGGCGCCACUGGACUUCGAGGAUCCAGGCCCGGCCACGCCCCAAUCGCUGGCGAAGGAUGGCGUCACGAUCCUCGCAGAGAGCGAGUGGAGUCCCCCGCGGCUUCACUGCAGCGAGGUGAAGCCUGGCCAGCCUCUUGCAUGGACCUCGCUCCCAGGCCUCGCGAUGGCUGCCAGUCGCAUCGAGGGCUUCCGCGGUUUCUGGGCCUUGCGCUUUCCGGGCACCCGCAAGCUGGAGUUCCUUCUAAAUGAUGGCUACAACAACUGGCAGAAGAACGGUGGUGCGAACUUUGUGGCCGACGGGCCUGGGCUUUUUCUGCUGCGCGACGGCAAGCUUCGGCGCUGGGCCGAAGGAACGGCGGCAACGACUGCACCCGAGGCACCUCAGCUGACUGGUGACGCAUUGGAGAUGGCCAAGGAGGGGGGCAUCGUGUUCCUGUUUCAGAGCCGCUGGGCCAAGCCGCGUCUGCACUACCGCCCCAGUGAGGCUGAGCCUUGGACCAGCCCUCCUGGCGAGGCGAUGGAGCCGAGCGGACUUGACGGCUUUCCACACCGCGACGGCUGGUGGGCGCUCCGCCUGCCGACUGCUCAGGCUCUGGAGUGCGUGCCCAACGAUGGAGGAUCUCAGUGGCACAAGGUGCGUGGCGGGAACUGUCACAUACCCGGUCCUGGUGCCUGGACGCUGAUGGGAGAAAGUCUACAAAAGCUCGGGCAGGCGAUCACGGCAGCGCCGGCAGUGGCAGCGCCGGCGCCCGCACCGUCCGCGACCGUGGGAGCGGCCUCGGACUCCGCGCCGCCGGUGGCUCUGGAGUCGGCCUCCGAAGGGCUGAGGCUGUUGGAGAUGUUGGAGGGCAAGAACGUCGUGCUGCUCUACCGCAGUGCCUGGGCCAGCCCACAUCUUCAUUGCAGGCAGUUGACGGAUCAGGGCCUUGCCGGUGCCUGGUCCCAGCUGCCCGGCCUCCCCUUCGCAGCCUCGGCAGCGGCCGAGGACUUGGAAGGUGCAGGGGAACUCUUCGUGGCCCGGCUGCCCGCCGAGGUUCGAGGCCUGGAGUUCGUGCUGAAUGACGGAGGGCCCCACUACCGCUGGGACAAGGCGGCCGGCGGCGGGAACUUCCGGAUUCCGCCGAAGUCCGAGGGUGUCUGGCUGGUGAGCGGCGGCCGCCUGGAAAAGCUCCAGCCGCCGCCCUCACCCUCCGACGCACCCACCGUGACGGCGGUGACCCGAACUUCCGUCGCACUCUCCUGGCGACCGGCGGCCUCCAGCGUGAAAGGCUACCGGCUCUUCCGGAACGGCAAGCAGGUGGCCUCCCUGGCCUCGGCGGUUCUGCAGUACACCGAUGCUGGCCUCCUGGCGGCCCACGAGUAUACCUACGCCCUUGCAGCGGUGAGCACGCAAGGGGCUCUGGGCACUGCGAGCCCCACCGCUUCUGCCACGACGGAAGCGGCAGGCCCUCCGGGCAAAGUGGGCGCUCUGCGGGUGUCGGCCGCCAGUGGCCGGGGGAUCUCGCUCGAGUGGACCGCGCCAGAGGACACCGGUGGCGCCCCGGUGACAGCCUACCUAGUCCAGCGCUCCGACAAGGAGGCGCCGACGACAUUGCUGGCCUCACAGCUGGCCGGAGAGAAGCGCGAGAAAUUUGCCUGGACAGACAAGGACAUCGUGCGUGGGAGCAGCUACAGUUACACGGUUGUGGGCGCCCAUUUGCCGCCCCUUGCGGAGAAGGAGCUGCGGGAGGCCGUACUCAAGGAGCGGCAGGCCAGCGUUCCACCGGAGGAAGACCAUUUCCCACACGUGGCAGAGGAGUUUAAUCUGGGUGCAGCAACGGGAGUGGAGACUACGGCCGUGGAUGCGCUGGAGGUGGGCUCUUGCCACGAGAGCUUACGCGAGCACCUGGCAGAGGUGCAGGGCAAGAAGAUGGGCGUCACCGUCUUUUACAAGUCCUGCUGGGGCCGUACCUAUGCACACUGCUGUGCUCAGGAGGACCGCUGGAGCGAGUUGCCCGGUGUGGCUUUGGAAGCGAGCCCUUGCCACGCCUUCAGCCAGGCCGAGGACUGGCUGGUGCUGUGCCUCCCGUACGCACGAAGCCUGGAGCUCGUGAUGAACGAUGGCGGACGCGGCUGGGACAAGGCCCCGGGCGGGAAGAAUUACAAAGUGAUGACUCCCGGCGUCUUUGUGUUGACCCACGGCCACCUGGACCCCGUGGCCUUGCCACCCCAGCAGCCUCAGAACCUCACGGCGGAGGCCGUGGACGGCUCGCGGGUGCAGCUUCUCUGGGAGCCGCCGGCGCUGGCGGACGGGGAAGCCCCGGUGAAGUGCUACCGCAUCUUCCGCAACGCUCGCCUCAUCGGCCAGACCGAGACCACGUCCUGCUAUUUCCUCGACAUCAACCUCUUUGCAUUCACCGACUACGAGUACUCUGUCGCUGCUGUCAACGGCCAGGACGUUGCCGGGCCGCUGAGCGAUGCGGCCAGUGUGAAGACGAAGCUGCCAGGUCUGCCCACUGCACCCAGGAACCUGCGCGCCAACACCCGGAAGGAGCACGGGAGCCUCGUGGUCUCCCUGGAGUGGGAGCCGCCCGCGGACUGCGGAGGCGCGCCCGUGGCUUCCUACGAGAUCCUUCGAGACGGGAGCGUCAUUGACAUCUACGAGGUGCCGAAUGCCCGCAUCCGCAGCGAGGCGGAAGCCGCGAAGCCGCUGGACCCGGAGGCCGCCGCCGCGCGGCGCUGGGUACGCUCGACGUGCUCCUACUCCAACCUGAGCUGGUUCAAGGACGGAAUGGCCUGGACGGACACCGGCGUGCAGCUUGGCGAAUGUUACUCCUACCAGGUGCGGGCGGUGCAGCUGGGCCCGGAGCGUGCCACACAACUCAAGCAGGGCGGUGUGGUCCAGCGCUGUGGCUCGCAGUUCCUGGACAACGUCUUGCCGGACGUGAUUGGCCCUGCGAGCGAACCGGCGCAGGUUCGCGCAACGGCCUUCCUGGACCCACCGAAGCUGGGCGAGCAGAGGUGCAUCAUCAUGUUCCAGGCCUUCGACUGGGGAAGCCAUAAGGCUCCGUCCUGGUACAAUGUGCUUUUGGGCCUUUUGCCGGAGCUGCGCAGCGCCGGCAUCAACAUGUGCUGGCUCCCGCCGCCCUCCGACUCCGUGGAUGACCACGGCUACUUGCCCAGGAAGUGGUACGUCUUGGACAACAACUACGGCACUGCCGAGGAGCUGCAGCACCUAAUCGGCAGCAUGCACGAGCAGGAGAUCGUGCCCAUGUUGGACGUCGUCGUGAACCACCGCUGCGCCUCCUUGCAGGACUCCGCAGGGCGCUGGCUGAAGUUCGAGGAGCCGGACUGGGAGGGCUGGGCCGUGUGCUGCAACUCCCCGGCGGUGCCCGGGGGCAGCGGUGCCCACACCACAGGCGAGCCGGCCGCGUACGCGCCCAGCGUGGACCACUCCAAUCCUCGCAUCCGCUCCGACGUGAACGAGUACAUCCGCUACUUGAUGGACGAGAUCGGCUUCCGCGCUCUGCGCUUCGACUUCGUCAAGGGUUACGCGCCCCGCUUCCAGACAGACUACGUGAAGGCAGCGGGGGAGCCCUUUGCUGUUGCCGAGAACUGGAACGGUGACGUGAAUGGGCUGCACGACUAUGUUCGAGAGUGUCAAGGCAAGAUGGCCGUCUACGACUUCCCGUUGUACUACGUCCUGAAGCGCUGCAUCCACAGCAACAACUUUGAGGAGCUGAACUGCGGUGGGCGCCUCGCGGGCAUCGCGGGUCGGGAUCCUGCGCGGUCCUGUACCUUCAUCGACAAUCACGACACCUACCAGCUCGCCAUUGUCGGGGGAUGUUUUGGCAACAACGACCAGGUGCUGCGGGCCUAUGCCCUGAUCUUGACGCACCCGGGUACGCCCUGCGUCUUCCACUGGGAUUACGUCCGGGCACCCUAUGUCCGCGAAAAGCUGCUGGAACUCUGUGCUGUUCGGAGAGACGCGAACGUGCAUUCCACGUCCCAGCUGCACAUCCACUGUGCAGCUCAUGGGCUUUACGCUGCCACCAUUGGCGGAAAUGUCGCGAUAAAGAUCGGGACCAAUGACUGGAGCCCUGGUGGUGGAUGGAAGGUCGGCUGCUUCGGUGCGGAGUUUUGCGUUUGGAUCAAAGGCAAGGGGACGACCCUCGCGUCCCCAGUGAUCGAUUUAGAGCUGUACACGCCGUACACCGGGUUUCAAGUUCCAGCUCCGGUUGGCCUCCAAAUGAGGUGCGAGGAGCGUGGGGAGCCACAGCGGCAGUUGUGGACAGGUGCCGAGGCGACGAGUGGCCCUCUCGCAACGUACCGUGGAUGCAUGCUGCGUGACCUGCGUGACCUGCAUGAGCUCUGUGACUUGUGUCCAACUGCGGCCACAGAUGGACCCCGGCCCCGGGCUCGCACACGCCGACGGAGCCGAGCGAGACGUGCUGGGCAGUUGGCUUUCCUUCUGUGCUGGUGCUCCGAGGAGUCCCUUGCAGAGCCUUUGGAGCUCCUCUCUACAGAGGCCAAGGAUCUCUAUCAGAGGUUUGAUUUCAAGGUGACGGCUGUGGCGCUGCACCUGGCGCCCGCCAGUCAGGUCGCGGCCUCCGCUCCGAUCUACUCGCAGGGUUCUGCCCUGAAAGGCCGCCUUCAGCUGCUGAAGCUCCCCACGCGCUUCAUUGGUGGGGCCUACUUCUUGUUGAUGCUCUCCGUUCCUCCGGCGGACGCAGCAGCCCCGAAUCCUGCAGUUCCCGUUUUCCAUGACAGCCUGGAGGCCUUCAGAGCUGUCGAGCCGGACAGGACCAACUUGACUCUUCUGCUUGACUCAGGUCUCACUGCAGCCGUGAUGCUAACCACAGACGUGUGCAAGACUUUGAAGCUGGCGAUGGGAGGUGAGGGCUCCUUCUCCUCGGGUGUAGGCGCCACGGGCUCGUGCGAGUCGAAGGGGCAGCGUUGUUGGAGGGACCCGGAGACGGAUCCCAAAAAGACGCCGCUCCCACCUCGGAGAGCUCGCCGCUCCGGUUACAGAAUCGAGGCCGCUACGGCUGCGACUUUCGCUUCCGCCCUGCAGGGAAGCAAGCAAAGGCUGACCAAGCGGGUGCAUCAGUUCACCAUUCGGCUCCCCUCCCCGCCGAUCAGCAACCUUCUGAUGAAGGUCCACGUCAAUCGGAGCAUUGCCGGUGAAGUGGGUGUGGCCUUGCAGGGCAUGCUUGGACAAGGACGCUCGGACGGAGCGUCUUCGUGCUUGGCCCCGGGCAUCACUGCCGGUGAGACCAAGCGAUGGCAACUCGAGGCGUUGGGGAUGCCCGGGCGCUUGCAGGGUUUGCUGAUGACGGUGCCGGGAUGCCUGGAGCCGAUCGUGGGCCUCGUGGACACCGGUGCUUCGCACACGGUCCUGAACCGCCAGGCGGCCUACGUCUUGGGCCUUCGCGUAGAUGUAGCUGCAGAGAGGAAGGUACGAGGGAUUGGUCUGGAUAAUUCAGUGCUUGAGAUGCCGCUGCUCAGCCUGGCCAACAUCACCCUGUCGAGUGCGCGGCACGUGAGCAUCGCUCCUCACGAGCCAGGCGGCGGUGCCAACCCCGUGGAGGGGCGGCGCUCCUGGCGGUUUCGCGCGCGGAUCAAGGGUCCCAUUGCCACGUUCCCGGAGGCAGUGGAUGUUGGUGUUGGUGACAUCGGCUUGUUCCAGGAGCUGCUGUCACAACCGCAAGAGACCAUUGGGGACUUCGAUGGGCCUGUGGCCUUGCUGGGUCAGGAUCUCAUGACCCAGAUGCCCCUUCGGUACAGCGCGGCGCGAGGGACGCUCUGGUUCCGCCACGACUGA